UUGCAAUACUAAUUCAUGCAAUGCUUUCCACAGAUCUUCCAACAAUUUACCGGCAUCAACGCCAUCAUGUUCUACGCCCCGGUUCUCUUUGACACGCUUGGAUUCAAAAACGACGCCUCCCUCUACUCGGCGGUCAUCACGGGGGCCGUCAACGUCAUCUCCACCGUCGUAUCAAUCUACUCAGUCGACAAAGUCGGCCGCCGCUUCCUCCUCCUCGAAGCCGGAGUUCAAAUGUUCCUCUCCCAAUCAGUCAUAGCCGUAAUCCUAGGCUUGAAAGUCAAGGACCACACUACCGACCUCCACAGUGGCUACGCAAUCUUUGUAGUCAUCAUGGUGUGCACUUUUGUGUCAGGCUUCGCAUGGUCGUGGGGCCCGCUGGGCUGGCUUAUCCCGAGCGAGACGUUCCCGCUCGAGACUCGCUCAGCAGGCCAGAGCGUGACGGUAUGUGUAAACUUGCUGUUCACGUUUGUGAUUGCGCAGGCUUUUCUUUCGAUGCUCUGCCACUUCAAGUUUGGGAUUUUCUUGUUCUUUUCGGGUUGGGUUUUGGUGAUGUCUUUCUUUGUGUUCUUUUUGUUGCCGGAGACGAAGAGCGUGCCGAUUGAGGAGAUGACGGAGAAGGUGUGGAAGCAGCACUGGUUGUGGAAGAGGUUCAUGGAUGAUGAUGAUGAAGUGGUGGUAGAGAUUGGGAAAGUUGAUGGUGCUGCAAAGAAAAAUGGUCAUAGCAAUGGAUUUAACCAUGCGUCACAGUUGUAGAACUUGAAAUUGAAGCUAUUCAGG